UGCCUUUUAAUAACAUGGUUCACAUGAUCUGCACAUCACUACAUUCUACAUUCUGCACAGUGUCCCAACUUUUUUGUGGGGUUGUAUAUUAUUUGUGUGUUGGAGCAGCACUGAAAAAAAAUCAGGUACUGACUGACAUGGCAAUUAACAACUGACAUCGGUCUCUUUACCUAGACAAUGAAUGCACUUGAGAACACCAGGAGGUUUACCUGGCUCACAUAACUUAAGCUAACCUUAACCCUGAAUAAUCCCAUCCAACGUCGAUAUGAAGCUAUUAACUGUUACUCACUUCUACCAUCACAGUGAUGUUUGAUAGUGCGGUGGAUGGUGCAAAAUGUAUAAUAUUGCUGACUCUUCCACAGAACAAAUAACAGUAAUUAUACGAUUAGUGGUUUGUACGCCUUCAUCUCCUGCCAUGUGUCUGUUGAUGCUGUAUUUAAUGUAAUUACAGAUGUCUGGAUGAGGUAUUGUAAUACUUCAUCAUCUGGAAUCAAACAUAGCUUAUCUGUGAUUAUGAUAGCUCAGAUCAAACUGAAGUUUUCUUGAUAUCUUGAUUUGAAGCCCAGCCUCACUUCCCCAUCCUUGGGCAGAGUUUUUCAUUAUCAUGCAAGCCAUUACAGAGUUGGAAACCCAGGGAAGUAAAAGCAUGUAUGAUUAGACUCCACACCAGCAUUGACUGCUCAUACACAUUAUGGUGAAGGAACGUCAACAGCAUGGCUGCGAAUACGAUCGGCAACGUUGCUUCAUUACAAAUAGUGAAAAAUUAAACCAGUGCUAUGGAUCAGUUUAUUAUCAUAUAGACUCAGAAUGUCCUUUGUCUUUUAGUCUGCUGUCUGGACUUCUUUCAGCUAUAAUGACAGUUAUAUCUGCGAAGACUGACCGGUCACAUGAACCUUCACAAGAACACAGGCGGAGCCCUCACCACAUUAAUGCUGAAGACGUGGCCUGUGAUCAGUGUGAAGGAAGGAAGUUAAAAGCUUGCAAGUCCUGCAUGACCUGCCUCACCUCCUACUGUGAGACCCACGUCAGAGGUCACUACACAAAGAAGGAACUGCAGGGACACCUGCUGGUGGAAGUGGAGACACCUGUAGCAGGUCCUGGCACAGAUCACUACCUACACCUUCAGUCUAUCCACGGCAAACGAGUGCUACUGGAAGAAGAAAAACCCAUUAAUCACAGCCCACAAAGAUUUGACAAGUACAAGUGCAUCCUAACCACCGAAGGCUUCAGCUCCGGACGGCACUACUGGGAGGUGACGGUCAACAGAGAGUUCAUUAUUGGGGUCACCAGAGAGUCGGCUCGGAGGAAAGGGAGGUUCAGCUUCUCUCCUGCUCGUGGUUACUGGUGUCUCCAUCGCUUCAGACAGUCCUUCAAAGCUCUGGAGGAGCCCAGCAGGUGCCUGCCAAUCGAUGCUGUGCCCCGGGUCAUGGGGGUCUGUACUGAUGUGGAUGAGAAGUGGGUCAUUUUUUUUAACUUUGAGACUAAAGAAAACAUUUACACUUUCAGUCAGAUGGACUUUGUAAAUGGAGAGAACAUCUGUCCUGUAUUCAUCACCAUGGAGAAAUCAGUCUUGAAGAAGAAGACUGCAGGACUAUUUGUAAAGGUCCAGCCUGCACCACCAGCUGCCAGCAGAGGGUGAAAGCAGUAAGGUGCCCAGCCUGUGCCACCAGCAGAGGGGAAACUCCAAUUCACAGAAGCCCAAGGGCUGAUUAGGUCCAACCCGACACACCUUCGGGCUCCUCUACUCAGGACAUUACCCAAACAUUGGGUGAUCACUGAUCAGAUUAUAUAUGGUUUCCAUGUUCUUGGCAGUAGUUCUCAACCUUUCUAGCUGCAGCUCUGUAAAUGUCCGGCUGGACAUGCUUUAAGACAUUUAAAAUGUGUCCAGCAGGCACUUAACAUUGUAUGUCUGAUGUCUUGUCUCCACAUUGACAGAGUUGGGUCAGUGCUGCUAUACCAUAGGAUUGGCAGCUUUUCAGUGUUGGCACAUCGAUAUGAUUUCAAUGUCUAUAAUGUUCUAUAACAUGACAUUUUAUUAUUGGUAUAUCAGCUCAUUUCAGCACUUGGUUUAACAAUUGUGACUGUUAAAACUGGUGUAUUAACCUCAUUUCACACUUCAACAUACUGUUUUAAAAAAUAAUUUGUAUGUAAUAUGUUAUAUGUAAACCACCAAAAUACAUAUAAAUAAUACACACAAUAUACUGUGACAUUAAAGUUUGCCCAUUUUCUAAGCCCCUUUUCCUUCAGGGUCGCAGGGGGAGCUGGAGCCUCCCAGCGGUUAUAGGCAGGAUAGACCCUGCACAGGUCACCAGUCCAUCACAGGGCAGACACAGUCACUCACACCCAGGGACAAUUUAGCAUGUCCAAUUG